UCGGUGGCCGAGUAAUCCACAAAACCCUUAUUAUGUUAAUCGAUCUUUAUUUCGUAUUCAGUAUUUUUCUUGGGAUAAAAUCAGUUGUUUCAAUACAAAUAAAUUACAUCAAGGUUCCUGCAGCUGUUAAAAAUGACUCACAACAUCCCGUUAUCUUGGAUUGCAACUAUUCCAUUAGACCCGAUGACACAGAAGUCGUUGUUAAAUGGUACCUAAAUGAUGAAGUCGUCUACCAAUGGAUUCCACCUCAAAAACCACAAAGUUUGGGUGUCCUCAAGAACAAUGUUGAUUUGGAAUAUAGAGCGUCCGAUGAUCCAAAAACAGUGUUCAGGGCAGUAAAAAUAAACAAUCCAACUGAAAAAAUGGCAGGAGAGUACAAAUGUUUCGUGUCAACAUUCGCCGAUGAGGAUUUUAGCACAAAAAAUAUGAUUGUCUUUGAACCUGAGAGGUACCUAACAGUGGAAAAAAGUGGCGAAGAUAAUACCAUUGUAAAUUUCACAUGUUCCGCAUUUGACGUAUACCCAUCUCCAAAGUUAAUUUUGUAUAAAGAUAAUCGGGAUGACUUUUACAAUAAAAAUCGUUUACAAAUAGUACACUGGGACAUUAACAAAAAUCAAAACGGACGAUAUUCUGUAUCUGUAAUUGCAACAGUUGCAUCAGAACUUAUAACUCCAGGCACCAUAAUUAGUUGUGAACUACGUAUACCGGGCACAGGAUAUGUGAAAAUAAAAAAUAUUUUGUAUUAUCCUUCACCUCCAUCAAAGGGAAAAGGUUUUAUGGUCCAGCAUGAUUUGUGGAUUAUUUCCCUAAUUUUUUAUUGUCUGAUUAUGUGAAUACUUGAGGUAGCAAGACAAAGAAUCAGUUUGGAAAUUGAUGUUGUUUCACCGCAAUAUGAUUUUAAAACAUUGAAUUAACACUGAUGUUCGCUGUAUUUAUAAAAAUAAGGCUAACAGUUUUUACUUAUAUAUGUAUUUGUCCUCUGGCAAAAAAUGCCGCACGAACACAAAGCGCCGAUAAACUUCAAAAGGCUUUGUAAAUUAGCAAGCGGCACCUUUUGCUUGAGCCGACUUAUAAACCCAUUCCACAAUAUUAUAUCUAGAAGUGGACUUUGAUUGUUGUAAAUUAUUAUUUUAUACUUGGCUGAAGACGAUUGUUCAGCUUCAUAAAUUUUGUUUAUAUCCUGUACUUACUUGUAAUAUCUUAACUUAUGCUUAAUUGCCGUAAUUAUAUGUAU